AUGAGCCAUACAUCCCUCCAAGAGCCACCAGCCCAAAGGGUGUCUUCUGGGAGUGUGCAGACGUUGGCCUCUAGACCUUUACAAUUGCCCUCUGACCCCUCAGCCUCGAAACGAGUAUGCUUCUACAAAAGCGGGGACUACAAAUUCAGUGGGCAUCGGAUGGUCAUCAAUGCCCGCACCUUCAAGACGUUCGAUGCCCUGCUAGAUGCUCUGUCCAAGAAAGUGCCUCUGCCAUUUGGCGUACGGACCAUCACCACUCCUCGCGGUACUCAAUUUGUUAAAGGUCUAGAGGAUUUACAGGAUGGGGGAUCAUAUGUGUGUUCUGACCAGAAACGGGUGAAGCCUCUAAACCUGGAUGCAGUUUAUCGACGGCAGGUGCCUUGGAAUAACGCCAGGCCUGUCAGCGCAGGGCGACGGGGACGUAAUGUACUCCCAUUUGGUCAGUUUGGCAGAAGGAAUGAAGCCAAUAACAGGCCGGCAAAGAUCACCGACAGGGCGGUGGUGCGGACACCCAAGAGGCUUGCGGUCAUCAAGAACAGGGAUCCUACCAUUAAGCACACGAUUGUAUUACAAAGAAGAACGGCACCAACGUUUGAUGCUUUGCUUGAUUACCUCUCCCAAAUCCUGCAGUUCCCUGUCCUCAAACUUUAUUCUACAGAUGGCAGAAGAAUUGAUGGUCUUCUUGGGCUGAUCUUGUGCUCUGGAGUCAUUGUAGCAGCUGGCAAUGAACCCUUCAAAUUAGGAAACAACAAUUUUCAGAAAACAGGCCACGUGGCACAGUCAGUCCACUCAGACAAUGUGGAGCCAUCCAGAUUACAGCCUCGAGCUUAUAAAAAUAAAUCUCUCUCAAGUGGAAGAGGGUCAAGAAAUUAUUCCUUAUCCUCAGAGAGAUACAUUGUCAAUCAGAUCAACAAAUCUUUAAAUGGAAGCAUAAGCAGCCAUCACAAUGGAUUUUUUGAAACAGAAGCCAAUGCACAUCAUGCAUCCAUAGAUAUGGAGAAUAUUGAAACUGUCAGCUCAGCGGACAGACACGGGACUUGUAUUGCACCGCAAGAUGAGGACAUUGAGAAGUCCUUUUGUAUCAACCAAGAUGGCAGCAUGACAGUAGAGAUGAAGGUGCGACUGACCAUCAAGGAGGAGGAGAUGCUCCACUGGACUACAACGGUCAGCCGCACCAGCCUUAACCAGAGGAUGAGUUAUGCCUCCAAGUCUGGGUCACGCAACAGCUCACCUGACUCAAACAAUGGCACGGUCAAAAACAGCUCCGAUGUCAGCGAAGAUGAAUCCAAAGAGGAGAACCAUCCCAAUUUAACUGCGAAGGGUGGUGGCUUCACUGAUGAGGGAGAGUACAGGAACUGCAGUCCCACAGCCACAGGGAAACCUAAAUCAAAUCUGAAACGUACUCCUACACCAGGUCCCAGGCACAUCAAGAAGAAGGCAUCUGUUGACAGCAUUAAGACGAUGACUGAACGUGGGAUCCAAGAACGCACACUUGGCCAGUACUCCUAUACAGAGAGGACAGCAGGGAGUGAGAUGACUGAGGAGUACUGUGUGGUGAGACAAAGCAACAGCAGUAAAAGACCAGUCCCAAAGCCACGGAAAACAGCAUCAGCAGGGAAAAGCAACAAAGGAUCCCAGUCCUCCAUUAAGUCAACAGGGGUAGCAGAAGUCCUUCAGAUACAAAAUAAUGGAACGGAGAUCACAGAGACUGUGAUGCAUAUUUAUGAGAGACAGGGCUGCUAUGACAACUAUUUUGCAAACAAUGAAUACAGCAUAGAGGACAUACCUGGACAAUAUUCUUUUCCGUUUCCACCAAGUAAACCAGCCUCAACUGAAUCAGCACCCCAUUCAUCUAGCAAUGACUGUGACAUAGACUUUUCCUGCCAGUCAUCCACUAGCAACUCACUGCACAGACGGAGAGAGGAAAUCUUGUCUUUGUCUUCAGAUCCAAUAUCUCCAACACAUGAGAUUAGCUACAACUUUUCCUCUCUGAACGACUACGAGGCCCGGACUGCAGAGAACCCUGGCGCUCAAUCUCCAACUAGGCAGACAGAGUCAGUCAAAAAAGAAAAGAAAGUUCGAGGAGGGAAGACAAAAAAGGUGAUAAAACCUACCGGGAAGCAUAAGAGUUCACCUUCAACAAGUAGCUCGGAUACUAAAAAGGAUAGUGUGGCAAACCCCUCAAAUAGUACCACACAUUCAUCUGCUGACAAGGUCAGCAAUGCCACCCUAGGGAGGAAGAGUGGGAGUUCCUCAGACAAUGACAAAAAGGGCCAGAAGGCCAGGGGAUCAGAAAAGUUUCAACUGAAAAAGAAAGUGGAUGGGGAUGACACAACACCCAGCAAGAAACAUGGAGUAUUGCUUAACAGUGAAAAUGUAAAAGGGAAGUCAUCUAAAAACCAAAUGAGGAUUACUCAGGGAGCUCCAUGGGAUAAUGGUCAUAACGUGAAUAAGCUUGAGACAGAGACAGCACGACUUCCAAUGAGGAAAAACGUGUUAGAUAUUUUACAACGCAAACAGCACUCUCUACCAAGUAGAAAGGUGAUUGCUAAGCAAAAAUCCAUGACCGAGAAAAGAACUACAUUGCCAAAACCAACUUUGGAGUUGAGUGAGAGUGUUUCAAUGCCAGUUCUCAAUCCUAUGUCCUCUGAUAUCCAUCAGUAUGUAGAGAAUUGGUUGCAGAAAAUCAGCUCAGAUUCAGUGCCAUACAUGGAUCAGCACGCAACAGAGCAGGAAGCAGAAGCAGAGGAAUCAGAGCCUCAGCAAAAGGUUGUGUUUCAGAUAGGUGGUGAUUCUGAAUCUGAGAGUAAAAGUGAUUGGCAGGAUAAUGCAGAGGAACAUUAUCUAUCACAAGAUGUCACAAAAUCUAUGUCCUGUCUAUCAGUCCCUGUGUACCAUGAGGUGCCAACCACGAGUGCUCGAAACAUUGGACAGAAAGCAAAGGGUUUGUGUGUUUCUAUGCCCAGCGUCAGAGUAGACCCUGUUGAGGAGGACAGCACACUGAGAACACACAAAUCUGCUGAAAAUAUUGGUCUGGAUGAGAGGGAAUCGUUGUCUUCCACAUCAAAUCUCUUAAACCCCCAAACAAAAAUAAAACCCGUUCUGCAGCAGCUUUGUUCCUCAAUCCAAUGCAUCAGAAGGGCCUCUGAUCCCAAACAAGAAUCCAAUCUUGAGAAGUCCAGAAGCCUUCCAGAUUUCUCAUCUCAAGUGGCCUCAGUGUUUGGCUCACCCUCCAAAACAUUCCUGUCCUUCUUGUCAUUGGUGACUUUGCGCGAAAGCUUAACAGGUUCAGUGGUGGAAAACAGCUAUGGUUCAGAGGCCAUGCUAGUUGUGGAGUCUUUGCAGAAAAUCUCUGUUAUUGAGGAUGAAGAGGAGCAGAGGGCAAGUCUGACAGAUCUGCAAAACAGAACGUCUUCCCAGCUAAGAGAACGCUGGCAAGACUUCCAGGUAAUGAGAGAAAGACUUGAAAGUGAGCCUUUAUCUCCCAAAUUCUCAGAGCAAGAAUUUGCACUGGAAGUCGUCUCAGAAGGAGGUGACACAUUUGAUGAUCAACACAUCGAUGAGCUCAUGGAGGAGCUCAAUAUACCACAAGAUCUUAGAGAAGAAAUUUCAUCAACAUUUCAACAAAAAAAAAGCUUCUACCCUGAUGUAGAAGAGAGUACAUUUGUGGAAAAGGAAAGACACCAGUCUGACUCAGAGGAAGAACUGGAACAGUUUGUAAAAGAUCAUGAUAAUCAAAAUGAAACAUCAUCAGAACCCAGUUCUAUCUGCAUCACUGAGACUAUUGCUGGCUCCACCAUCUUGGCCAAGUCAGAAUCCGAUCCAGAUCAGGGAGCAGAUCCAGAUGUGAAAGAAUCUGAACAUGGCAAUACAGAGAUAGAGGAGAAAGUCGAGCCAUCAAAAGAGUUGGAGAAUGAUUGUGAGAUGGGUCAUGAAGCUGAUGUCUGCAGUUCAACUAAAUCUGUUACGGGAGAUGAGGAAAACGUGAAAGAGGAGGAAGGAGUAAAUGGCGAGUAUAUAGAAGACAGAGAGAGGGAGUGGGAAGAAUUUGAAAAGGAGGGGAAAAUAGAGGAGCUGGUGGGAGACAGCAUAGAAGAGAGGCAGGGGGAAGGGGAGGUAGAAGGGAGAGAGGAGGAGUUUGACAAAGGAGAAGAGGAGGGGACUGAAGAGAAAGGAAGGGAUGUGAGAGGUGAUGAGAUGGUGGUUAGCAAGGAGGAGGUGGAAACUGAGGAGGAAGAGAAAGAAAAAGGUGGCGAAAGGGCAGAGGAGGAAAUGGAAGGGGGCUUAGCAGAUGGCGUAGACAAAAAGGAGAGAUGGGAGGAAUAUGUUGAGGGAAGCGAUGAGGAAUGGGGGAGGAAAGAGGCUGGUGAGGAAACAGAUGAGGAGGAGCAGGAAUGGGAGGAACAGGUAAGGGGGGAAAAUGUUGAAGGAGAGGAGGAAGACGAAGAAGUUAUUGAUUUGAAGGAUGAGGAAGAACUGGGAGAAGGGGGAGGAGGUCUUGAGGUCAAUGAAGAGGAACCUAGUCUCAUUGAGGAGAUAGAUGAAGAGGAGGAGGGUGAGGAAGAAGAAGGUGAGAGAGGUGAGGAUGAUGAAGGAGGGGAAAAAGUUACUGAGUGCAAGGAUGAGGAAGACGAAGUGGAGGAAGUUACUGAGGAGAAAUAUGAUGAGGAGGAGGAAGACGGGGAUGUGCUUGAGAAGGAGGAUGAGGAAGAGAAAGUAGAGGAGGAGGAGGACAAUGUUGAGGGAGAGGAUGAGGAAGACAAAGUGGAAGAAGAGGAUAUCGAGGAGGAAGAAGAGGUUAUUGAGGAGGAAGAAGAGAUUAUAGAGGGGGAAGACAAGGAAGAGGAGGAGGAAAAUGGGCCUGAGAAUGAGAAGAUUGAGGAGAGGGAGACAGAGGAGGGCAAAAUGGUCCAUGACGGCAUGUCAGAAGAAAAAACAGAGUGGGAGGAAGAGGAGGAGGGGAUGGAAGAGAGGGAGAUCAAAGAUGACCAGGAGGAAGGACAAAAAAGGGGAGACGAGAGGAAAGACGAUAAUGUAAAUGAGGCAGAAACAGGGGAUGAGUUCGAAGAGAGAGAAGAGGCCCUGAAAAAGGAGGAAGGCAGAGAGGAGGAAGAGGCAAUGGGAGGAGAGAGAGAUGAGUGGAGUAAUAAGGUAGAUAUCGAAGCAGAGCAGCAGGUAGAGGUUGUACGGCUGAAUGAAGAAUGGCGGGAGGGAGAAGAAGAAGAAGAGGAGGAGGAAGAAGAAAAAGAGCAAAAUGAGGACUUAGAUGAGCAGAAUGAAUGGAUGGAAGAAGAAGGAGAGCCGCAGGAGAAGGAGGACAAAGAGGAUGAGAGAUAUUGGAGUGAACCUGACGAUGAUGCAGACAGCACUGACAAUGGUGGAGGACUGUUAGAGCAAGGUGAAGUCUGGGCCAACCCUGAGGAGAAGGCAAAUACAGAUGCAAAGAAAGCAGAGAAGGAGUUAGAAGUGUUAGACAAAUCUUCAUCUGAUUGUCACUGUGAUGAUGACAAGGGUCAGGGAACGGACACUGAAAAUGACUUCAGAACCGAUGAUGGAGAGGAGGAAGAGGAGAGACAAAGCAGCAGCCAUCCUCACCCGGUGGAAAUAUCACAAGAACUACUGGACUUUAUCAACUCUGCUCUACAAGCCUCCUCUCUGAUAUUCACAUAUGAUGCUCGUGGUAAUAUGCGGAUAGAGCCGGAUAAUGCUCAGGUGGUACAAACAAAACAAAUUAUCAUUCCCAAAAGUAAAGAGGAUCGUUUAUAUGGCCUAAAGCGACUUCCAAGCCCCAGCACAUCAGAUUUAUCGGAUUACCGGCCAGAGACCUCGGGGAGUGGCGGAUACAAGUCUCAUGACUCCAUAGACAUUACCACAGAGAGUGGAGAGGAGCUUUUAAAUAACCUCUCUCCAGACGACGGGAAUUCAAGACAUUUUACCAAUAUGCCCAAUGGGAAUACAACUUUAGAACGCACUAAUUCAAAACCGUCCCUUAAAAGUAAGACAAAACACUUUAAAAGUGGUGGGAGUUUCUCCUCUUACGACUCAGGGACUAAAGUCUACAGAGAAGAUCUGUCUUAUUUCAGUGGUGCAAGCUCAUUAAAGGGAGACGCAGAGCUGGCGACAGAGCCUGCCCAGUGCACUUCUUUCCCCUCGGAGGCAGACUCAGAUGGCGUUUUGAUUGAUCAAGGUAGGUGGCUCCUCAAAGAGAACCACCUAAUCCGGAAAUCCCCCCCUCUCCCGAUUGGAAUGUAUGGUAAUUUAGACAGUACAUCCAUCGACACAGCUCAGGAAAAUGCCAGUGUAGAUUCUCCCCCACAUUACUUAAACCAACACAACCCCCUCACAGUCAUAUCCUCAUCAGAGCUUGAGGAGAUGGCUAAGCCUCAAACUCCCAAGUGUACCUACUAUAAUAUACCACAUGGAAGUGACUCAGAUCCCUUUUUGGAUGAUGUCAGUGUGAAAAGCAGGAAAAAGGGCAGUAAUGGCAGCAAUUGCAGCAAUAGGAAAGGUUUCAAGGUAUCACCCACUAUUGAUACUUCCAAAACGUGGGCAAGGAAAAAUAGCAGUCUUUCCUCAUUUGCAUCAGUGGAGUUUAAGCUUCCAGAUAGCAAAGUGCAUCCAGAAGGGGAGACCUCAGCCAUGACAAGGGCAAGAAGGUCCUCUAGUGUGGCGGGCAGUGCACUGCAAUCACAAGACUCUCUGGACACACUCCGUGUCAGGUGUGGCCAGUACUGUCCCAUUCUUUAA